AAAUGCAUUCACAAAAUAUGUUACAACGAUUACAUUAACAAACUGUUGGGUUUAUCUAUAUAUUACAUUUAUUAUCUUUAUCUAUAUGGAUUUUCAGAUUCAGGUAUAAGAGGUCUGUUGAAAUGGAACUUAGAGAAAAAAUCGCGGGAAAGACAAUGCCUUUACUUCAGGAAAACAGGAAAGGAAACGCCGAAACAGUCAUUAUAGAAAUAGAACACCCAAAACUGUCUGUAUUCCAAACUUGUUCAAUCGUCAUUUCUUCAGUAGGGGGUGUUGGACUCUUCGUUGCCAUAUCAACCAUGAUGAUGACAACUGGUUCCGUUGGCGUUUUGUUAAUAAUAGUGCUGGUUUCUGGACUCUUGAAUUUCUCUCUUGCCAAGUGUUUUGCUGAAGUUGCGAUUAUUCUUCCAAAAGCAGGAGGACCGUAUUUCUUCCUUCUUCAAGUUUUUGGUGAACUUCCGGCGUUUUUGUUUCUAUGGGGAUUUAUUUUCAUGAUUAUUACGCCGAGCUGGGCUUAUCUUGCAUACGCAUCAUCGCUGUACAUAGUGCAGCUGUUCUUUCCAGGUUGUCGUCCCCCUGAUUCUGCGACAAAACUUUUGGGUGCGUGUAUUUUAGUAUCUGUGGUUAUAAUAAACUGUCUAUAUCUGAAAUAUGUAACGAAGAUCCAGGCUCUUUUAACUAGUACAAAACUAAUAGCCAGCGCUUUUAUUGUCGUCUGCGGAAUUGUUUCUGCAGCGAACGGUAAUGUCGAGAACUACGAAGAUAUAUUUGAAGGUUCAACAACUCAACCCGGUGAUAUAGCUGUCAGCAUUCUAUCGGGCAUGUUUUUGUACGGUGGCUGGCAGUUGAUAACAUUCCUGUUAGAAGAAAUAGAGUCACCAGAAAAAAAUCUACCAAAGACACUGUCUAUAUCUUUUGCUAUCGUGAUUACACUAAGUGAGUUGAUUGUCGCCUCGUAUUUCGUGCUUAUUUCACCCACUGAAAUGAUUGACGCAGACGCUGUUGCAGUGUUAUUUAUGGAGAGAAUUAAUCCCGCAUUUGGUCCGGUAAUAGCGGUUUUUGUCACAACUACUGCCAUCUCAAGCCUAAACGCCAUAAUUCUAGCCCAGUCACGUAUGGUAAGCGCUGCAGCAAGGCGACAUCAUCUUCCAGCAGUAUUAGGUACACUUAACGAGAAGUACAAUAUGCCAUGGGCAGCUAUUCUAUUUUUAUGUCUGAUAGCCCUAUUUGUGUUGUUUUUUGCCAAAUUGUCAAACCUGAUUUUCAUGAUGAGUUUCUACGCAACAGUGAUGGGAUUAUCUGUCUUGUUUUGUUUUUUCGCACUUAGAAUUAAAAGACCAACAGCAAAGAGACCUUUAAAGGUAAGCAAACGAUAA